AUGUUGGCUCUAGUGAAGAUGUAUAUUAACUUCCUAGUAAACAAGUUAGACUGGCUUGACUACCAGGAAGAUACGCGAGGAUCUAGAACCACUGAUCCGAAUGUGGCCAGUGGAUGUUCCUACUGGGCCAACACGGCGACAGACUAUGACACUUGCGCGUCUUUGACGGACUACUUUGGCCUCACAAUUGCUGACCUGGUGUCCUGGAACCCUUCUCUUUCAACCACAUCUUGCACUUUAACCCCCGGACGGAGCAACAAGUUCUACUUUGUGAAGUCCGGCGAUGGCUGCGCGGCCAUUGCUACCGCCAAAGGAUCAGACUGCCGGACCUUGAUCGCAGACUACUAUGUCUGUGUUGAAGUAACUGGGUCUUCUACUAAGACCACUGCCCCUACGACGACGACCACUGCUGCCGCCAACACUCCCCAGCAGAGCGGUAUUGCAAAGAACUGUAACAAGCACUACUUCGUCAAGUCAGGCGAUGGCUGCGCUGCCAUUGCUUCGGCUAAUGGCAUCUCCCUAGCCGAUUUCUACAGCUGGAACCCAGCUGUUGGAUCAGACUGCCGUACUCUCAUCGCAGAUUACUAUGUCUGCGUUGGUGUCUCUAGCUCCACCACAACCACCAAAAAGACGACCACAACAACCACCAAAUCAGCAACAACAGCCGGCACAGGCCCCUCCCCAACCCAAAGCGGCAUCACCACCGACUGCAACACCUUCUACAAGGCUGUCUCCGGCGACAGCUACUACACAAUCGUCACAAACAAGUACACCUACUUGUCCUUGGCCCAGUUAAUUUGGUGGAACCCGGCCGUCGGUGGUAUCUGCGCAAGCCUGCAGGUAGGAUAUUACUACUGCGUGGCUACGAAUGCCCUGCAGCCGAUGCCGGGCACGAACACUGCUACCUGCAAGAAGUGA